UGGUGAACAGUUAGUAACUCAGAAGUUGAAGGCCAUGGAUAAUCGAUGUAAGAUUUUUGUUUUUGUGGCUUUGGCCGCAUGCUUGUUGACUGCAAAUGCUUCCGAACAGGAAGGCCCGUGUGAGGACGAUUUUGAUAUCGAAUCGGCAAAAAUAAACAACGAUCUUAUGACAUCCAGAUUGGCUCCUUCUCGAGUUGAAAGGCAACUCCAAUUAAAUGACCCCGCCUACCAACCUCAACAGUCGUACGAUUUGAAGAAAGAGGAACUAGAUGAAAUCCGUAAAGAGAACAUGUACCCGUAUUACGACAAAGACGCGAACGGGGAAAAUGGUGAUCGCGUGAGGGAGAUCAACGACAAUAGCGCCCAAGUUCAGAAGCAACUCAAUUUCUGGCUUCCUUUCUCAGGUUCGAAGUUUGAUUCCAUAUGGAUUUCUAUCCAUGGUUUCCUCAGCUUCAGUGAUCCAAUGGGAUCGCCCCCAUUGCCACCCCUGCAGUUCCCCGUUCAAACUUGGCCAGUAGAUAACGGUCCAUCGUUUAUCAGCCCUUUCUACAGUCGCUGGCGCAUUGGUAGAGCGAAGGAGAGCGAUCAAGACAAGAGGGCGCCUGGUGUUUACUUUCGGUUAGAGCGUGAUUUACCCGCUAGAUUCGAUGAAUCAGGUGUUAAACUGAGAGAGAGAAUUAAGUGGGACAUUCGGGAGGCUUUUUCCGAACCAAACUUUUUUCCAAAACACGCCAUUAUUGCCACCUGGAAGAAUGUCAGCUUUGUUGGUGGAUUUAACGCAUUGGAAAUUACAAACACUUUCCAAGCCGUCAUUGUCACGGACGAAGUUGUUACCUACGCCAUGUUUAACUACGCCCAUCUUGGUUGGACUACGCAUGCUGAAGCCGGAGGCGACACUAACACUGGCCAAGGAGGUGUCCCAGCUUUUGUGGGCUUCAAUGCCGGCAACGGCACGAAAGCUUACGAAUACAAAGGAUACGCUAACCGAAUACCUGGACGCCAUGUUUUCCGAAUCGAUAGACGUGACAUGAGUGGAAACUUCUUUGACGAUGAAACGUUUCAAAAUGUGUACGCCGACAUCUUCAUUUGGAUUGCGUUUAUUGCGGCCGUCGCGUAUUGCUUUCUGCUCUUUACGUGUAUCCUAGAUAUGCUGUGGAAACUGAUGUCGAAAAUGAUGUCGAAAAUGAUACUGUUCUACCGUCACUGCCGAGGACAGCUCGGUAGUUACAAUGUAGCGAAUUCUCCUCACUCAUUGAACGACACAUCGCUCUACGUCCUCAGCAUUUCUGCCAAAGGCUCCGCACCUGCUCAUGUCGAAUCCGGUUCGAAGACGAAAGAAAGCGACAGCACGAGUCCGUUUAGUUCAGAAAUCGGCUCGAUUCGAUCCUCGCCACCUGAUAAAGGAAGGGAAACAAAUGCAAGUAUUAUUUCGACUUUCGAUCGUGGCAGUAACCAGGGCAGCACGUCCAGUGCUGUUAAAGUCAGCCCAACCGAAAGCUAGUCCAGUGGAAGCAACAGUAGCAGCAAUUGGGAACAGCGCUAUGAAUGUGUUUAUUAUACGAACAAAUCGAUCGGCGGUGCCCCAUUAAUAGAGUAAU